GACUUCCUGAUUCCAGCCUUCUCACGAUAAAUCUCACCGCUUUCGUUACUGCAAGGAAAUUGGAAUUCAAAGGGCAGGCCAACAUUAUAAGCGAACCUUUCGAAGACGACGCAAUGCAGCCUGGAGGACUCAAAAACAGCAGACACAAUACAUGAGAGUAAAUGAAGACAAGGUUGGCUACGUGGCUUGCCAGCUAGCGAGCAACGUAGCGAUAGCUAAUUUGAUUUAACGGUAACGUACGUACGCUAGCUUAGCUGUCUUUUAGCUAUUUUGCUAGCCUUUAGCCGUAGUGCUAACAGCUGUCGUUUACAGUUUUAGUGCUUGAUCAAGUGGUUUAAUCACUCAAUCAGUAACACCAAAUUCGUUCAGAUAGAGUUUAAAGCGAACGUUAAUGCUAACUAAACGCCCUGCUAAGCGGUAUCAUUGAUUGAACACAUACAUUCUCAGGGGUUUUAGGAGGAUAAUAGCUUUCAGUUUAAAGCUAGCUCGCUAGCCGACAUACGAAAGACAUCUUUGUACUUGUCAACCAACGAUAAGGAAUCAUGUCAAAGUACACCAGCUUUCCUGAGCCGAAUGAAGAUCAGAAUCCAUUCCAGGACCCGUCUGUUACCCAACACAGCAGCACCACGGGAUAUGCCACUCUGGACCUGUACAACCCUUUUGACAAUAAGACAGCGCAAGCACCUCCUCCCUAUGAGUCCACCGUGCCCACUGCACCUCCGCCUGCUCAAACCCCACCCAAUCGGACGACACCCACGGAGCCACGCAACUAUGGAUCCUACACCACCCAGAACGAGGAUAGUUCUGCCUCGGGCUCAUAUGUCCCUCCCACUCUGCAAUCAACAGACAACCCACCUGGAUAUACUGCUCAAAGUGCGGUGAGCGCCACCACGGCGGAGCUGCUGAAGAAGCAGGAGGACCUGGAGAGGAGAGCCCGCGAGCUGGAGAAGCGCGAGAGGGAGCUGGACGCACACGCCCUCGGAUCUGGAGCGAAUCGUCAGAAUAACUGGCCCCCCCUGCCCUCCUUCUGCCCAGUGGGGCCCUGCUUCUACCAGGACAUCAGCGUGGAGAUCGGCCAGAACUUCCAGCGCACUGUCACCAUUAUGUACUACUACUGGAUGUUCACGGCCUGCACUCUGCUGUUCAACAUGAUCUCCUCGCUGGCCAACUUCUGCGUGGACGCAGGGAAUGGCGGCGUAGGUUUUGGCCUGGCUAUCCUCUGGUUCAUCCUCUUCACCCCCUGCUCCUUCGUCUGUUGGUAUAGGCCCGUGUACAAAGCCUUCAGGAGUGACAGCUCUUUCAACUUCUUUGCAUUCUUCUUCGUUUUCUUUGCCCAAGUCGUCUUCUAUGUCAUCAUGACCAUUGGCAUCCCAGGCUGGGGUUUCAGUGGGUGGAUCGUGAGUCUGGCUACUCUGAAGACCAGCAUUCCUGUUGGGGUGAUCAUGUUGCUGAACUCCGUUCUCUUCACUGGCCAGGCCGCAAUGGGAGUGGUCAUGCUGAAGAAGGUGCACUCCCUCUACAGGCAGACCGAUGCCAGUUUUCAGAAGGCUCAGGCUGAGUUUGCCACCGGCGUUAUGUCCAAUCCGGCCGUCAGGCAGGCAGCGGCAACUGCCACCACCUCUGCUGCCCAGAACGCCUUCUCAGGGCAGCGGUAGAGGUUUGGCGGAGGAAGAAGAGGAGGGUGGGUCUGGGUUGUGCACUUGUCUGGGACGGCUAGUCCAAGCUGGGCAAGUCUUUACAGACACAGUGGUCUCAGAUGUAUCGUUACAAACAUUUGUGCAAGGUAGAUUUCCUUUGUUUCUGUCAAUGAUGUCCAUUGUUUAUUUAAAAUAAAAUUAAAAAAGAAAUAUAAGUCAGUAACUGGGUAGUAAGAGUAGAUUGUGUCCCUCAUAAUUUACCUAAAAGUUUUGAAGAGGAAGAAAAAAAAGAAAAAGAAAAAAAAAGUAGAUUAGAGAACAAAAACACUUAAAGCUCUGUUUGCACGGAUACACCUGAGCACCAAAAAGUGUAACCAGUUGUUAGUGUCCUGAGUGGGGGUGGGAGCCAGGACUGUACCCAGAAACCUACCUGAGGAGAUGGGGAAGGGUGGGAAUAUGAGGGGUCGGGGGGUAGGUUACUGUAAAUGAGAACUCCGUCAUGGAAGAAAUUCAACCCGAAAAACAUCAAUGGAAGACCCACAGGUGGUCUGUAAGCUACUACUGAGAAGUAGAUCCCAAGUAGGAUGCCAAUGCCAUGGCAAACCAGUCUCCUCCUCUCUUGCCAGUGCGCAAGCGUCCAUGUAAUUUCCACACGAGUACCUGUAUAAUGGCCACUAUGACCCGAUGAUAAUUGAAAGCCACCCCCCACCCCGACCCCAGAGUUCAGUGAAGAUGUGAGAAGUUGCUUUGAGCUUUUUGCAGUUAAUUAUUGUUUUGUUUCCCAUAAUGGUUUCCUUACCUGAAAAGGCGCUGGUGACUCUUGCAUUUCUGCUCCCAGUGUUCUACCUUUGCUUUAAUUGGCUGGAGCAGUCAGCCAGGCCCUUUCAGUAACAAACAGCAACACCCAAGCAUUGCUCCUCACAUGAUAAUAAAUAAAAAAAUAAUAUGUGGAGAUAUGUGGCAAAUGUAUUAUGAAUGCAAGCAAACUGAUGAACAAACAAGAUUGAAUUGCAUGUUGUAUAUUUGAAUGAAGGACAUAAAGGCAGAAGAUCAUGUUGAUACAGCUGGAGAUGCAGUGUAAAACACUAGGUUGAUUUAACAUGUAAUUAACUAUGGCUGAAUUGUUCAGUUGUCUGUGGCCAAUGUUUUUAUGUCGCUAACAAUGAGCUCUAACCGGUUUUUAUGUUUUAUCUUAUCUUUUUGUGAUGUGAAGGAGAAUGCCAAUUUAAGUAUUUUUCCAAUGCCAAAAUAAAGAACGACAAAAGCA